CGGGGGCAUACAAGCCAUCACUCACAAACUGGGCAGGGGACCUCAGAAGCAGGCCCUACGUAGCUUUGGGGGGUCAGGCUGGGUCUCCGCGGUGGAGGUGGCAUGUGACCUUUGAGGCCAGCCCUAAAGGCCAGGCGCUUUCCAUUGCCGGUCACCGGCUCGAGGGCUGGGAACAGUGCCGGGGCCACAGAGGGGCCAGGAUCUCCGGCGAGGGACAGUGACUGCCUGAUCCGUGCAGUCCAUUGAUGACUUGAACAAAUGGGCCCUAUUUCUUGUCUCUCCCUUUAUCCUUGAGGCCGAGCACAUAGCAUUUGUGACGGAGAGCAUUUGGGCACAAGGUGACAGUUUACAGAGGCCAUCUUCUUCAGAAACAGUGGUAAGGUGGUCCGACUGUUGUUUGCCAUUAGCUUGCUGUCCUGGGGAUCCCUACCAGCUAAUUGCCAAGGCAAGCGUGGACGACUUCAGCAAGCUGGGGGUGGCGUUCAUGGAAGAUAGACUCCAGAUGGAUGAUGGAUUGGUACCCCAAAAGAUUGUUUCAGUCCACUUAAAGGACUCCACUUGGAAGGAGCUCGAGGACCAGGCCUCCCACAAACACGUCCCAGCCCCGCAGCCGGGCCUCAGACCUUUCCUCGAGACCGAGACUGUGCAGGAGGUCACGGAGCCCGCUUUCAGAGGUGACCCGACGGCUCUUGGCGAGGACUCUCACCAGAGGCGAGGCAGUGCCUCUGGGAGUGAGCCUGCUGCGGAUGGCGAGCAGGGAGGGGCCCCUGGAGAGCAUUGCCACCUCCACCUGUUCAGUUGCCACGAGUGUCUGCAGCUUGAAAACAGCACCAUUGAGUCAGUGAAGUUUGCAUCUGCAGAGAACAUUCCAGACCUACCCUAUGAUCAGAGCAGCAGUUUGGAGGGUGUUGCGGACGAGAGAGAAGGGGCAGAGAACAUUCCAGAUCUUCCCUAUGAUCAGAGCAGCAGUUUGGAGGGCGUUGCGGACGAGAGAGAAGGGAGAAGAGUGAAUGUGGCAGGAAAGGCACCCAACAUCUUGCUGUACGUGGGCUCCGGUUCCCAGGAGGCCCUGGGCCGGCUCCAGCAGGUGCAGUCUGUUCUGGCUGACUGCGUGGACACGGACAGCUACCUCCUCUACCACCUGCUGGAGGACAGCGCUCUCAGGGACCCGUGGCCAGACAACUGUCUACUGUUGGUCAUUGCCACUGGCGAGCCCAUCCUGGAAGACCUGUCCCAGAAGUUCAUGGCCUAUCUUUCUCAGGGAGGGAAGGUGCUGAGCCUGUCUUCCCCCUUCACGGUGGAUGGCUUUCAGGUGACGAGCAAGGCUGAGCUGCAGGAGACCGUCCAGAGCUUGGUUUUCUCCAAGGCUGACGGGAGCGAGGUGAGGCUCAGCGUGCUGAGCAGCGGCUGCGUGUAUGAGGGCUCCAGUGGACAGCCUGGCCCUGGCAGGCUCCAGGGCCACCUUGAGAACGAGGACAAGGACAAGAUGAUCGUGCAAGUGCCUUACGGAACCCGUGGAGGAGAAGCCAUUCUCUGCCAGGUACACUUGGAGCUCCCUCCCAGCUCCUCCACAGUGCAGACUCAAGAAGACUUUAAUUUGCUCAAAUCAAGCAAUAUGAGAAGAUACGAAGUCCUCAAGGAGAUCCUGACUACCCUUGGCUUAAGCUGUGACUCACGACAACUUCCUGCCUUAACCCCUCUCCAUUUAUUGUCAGCCGCCGAGGGAAUCCAGGAUCCGCUUAUGCAGUGGCUCAGGAAACAUGUGGAUACAGAAGGAGUCAUAAAAUCCAGCAAACUCUCCCUUAAGUUUGUUUCAUCUUACACACCUGAAGUAGAGAUCACCCCGUCUUCCCUUCCUGUGGUGACCGACCCAGAGGCCUUCUCAUCAGAACACUUUAACCUAGAGAUCUACCGGCAAAACCUGCAGACCAGGCAGCUGGGGAAAGUCAUUCUGUUUGCAGAAGUGACCACCACAACCAUGAGUCUUCUGGACGGGUUGAUGUUUGAGAUGCCGCAGGAAAUGGGUUUAAUCGCCAUCGCGGUCCGGCAGACCCAGGGCAAAGGGCGGGGACCGAACGCAUGGCUGAGCCCCGAGGGAUGUGCCCUCUUCACGCUGCUGGUCUCCAUCCCCCUGAGGUCACAGCUGGGACAGAGGAUUCCGUUUGUCCAGCAUCUCAUGUCUCUGGCUGUCGUGGAGGCAGUGCGGUCCCUUCCUGGGUAUGAGGAUAUCAACUUACGAGUGAAGUGGCCCAACGAUGUUUAUUACAGUGACCUCAUGAAGAUUGGUGGAAUUCUGGUGAACUCUACACUUAUGGGAGAAACAUUUUAUAUACUUAUUGGCUGUGGAUUUAAUGUGACAAACAGUAACCCCACCAUCUGCAUCAGUGACCUCAUCACAGAGCACAAUAAACAGCACAGGACGAGACUGGAGUUCUUAAGAGCGGAUUACCUCAUAGCCAGGGCCACGACAGUGCUGGAGAGACUGAUCGACACGUUUCAGGACCAAGGGCCCGACGGCGUCCUUCCCCUGUACUACAAAUACUGGGUGCACAGCGGUCAGCAAGUCCGCCUGGGCAGUGCCGACGGGCUGGAGGUGUCCAUCGUGGGCCUUGAUGAUUCCGGGUUCCUGCAGGUUCAUCAGAAGGAUGGCAAGGUUGUGACUGUGCAUCCGGAUGGCAACUCCUUCGACAUGCUGAGAAACCUCAUCCUGCCCAAGCGCCAGUAGCCCAGGAAGCCAGAUAGCAACGGAGCUGCUGUGUAGCAGGCCGCGGCCGGGAGGCCCCCCCAUGCACGGCCCUCCCUCCCUCCCU